UGAAAGGAAGGGAAACUAGAGGCUUGGCCUUCCGUGCAUCCAGCCAAGCCCCUGGGGGACGAAGAUCGGAGGCGCGAGCAUCCGAGGGAACCGCAGUUGCACCAUGGAGAGCCUUUGCGAACCGUCCGGAGACUUGGAGGGGACAUUUGUGUUUCAGGGCGCAACGGACCCUAGUACCUCCAGGAGGCUGCGUUGCCCGGGUUACCGAAGGCCGCCCCGCCGAAGCCCCGCCCUUGACCGCCGAUGCCCCGCCCCCACUGGCUGCGGCCGCCCUCAGUGCUGCCUUAGAGGCCUUGCGGGAUUUCAAGGGUGACUUGACUUCGCCCGAUCCUGCUCGACUGGGUGGCGUUUCCUGGCCUUCGCUAGGUCGGGAGCCGCGAUGUCUGGGUGUGGAGGUGACGAGCCAGGUGUUCUGUGGCACUCCGGCGCUGCUCAGGGCGACCUGCGUAGGGGCCUGCGAGACAGGCCCGCUUUCUGUCAAAAUGGCGGCGCCCAGCGUACAUGGGUAUCUGUUCAGUUGGGGUUUAAGAUUCUUGCCCGUGAGAGCGAGCUAGCCUGCCACGCUUCUGAUUUUGAAACACUUGGGUCUGGGUUUCCCGGGAGAGCGGUGAAACCCGUGAGAAGUUUCUACAAUGGUGGGCUCAGCUCUCAGGAGAGGUUCUCAUGCAUAUGUCUACCUGAUGAGUAAGGCCGGUCACAUCUCCAGAGGCCAUCAGCAUCAGGCCUGGGGCUCGAGGCCUGCUGCAGUACAGUGUGUUGCCCUGAGAGCCCCAGGCAGUGUGGUGGAGCUGCUGGGCAAAUCCUACCCGCAGGACGACCACAGCAACCUCACCCAGAAGGUCCUCGCCAGGGUUGGCAGGAACCUGCACAACCAGCAGCAUCACCCUCUGUGGCUGAUCAAGGAGCGGGUGAAGGACCACUUCUACAGACAGUAUGUGGGCCGCUCCGGGACCCCGUUGUUCUCUGUCCACGACAACCUUUCCCCAGUGGUCACGACCUGGCAGAACUUUGACAGCCUACUCAUCCCAGCUGAGCACCCCAGCAGGAAGAAGGGGGACAACUAUUACCUGAAUCGGACUCACAUGCUGAGAGCGCACACAUCUGCACACCAGUGGGACUUGCUGCACGCAGGGCUGGAUGCCUUCCUGGUGGUGGGUGAUGUCUACAGGCGUGACCAGAUUGACUCCCAGCACUACCCUGUUUUCCACCAGCUGGAGGCUGUGCGGCUCUUCUCCAAGCAUGAGUUAUUUGCUGGUAUAGAGGAUGGAGAAAGCCUGCAGCUCUUUGAACAAAGUUCUCGCUCUACACAUAAACAAGAGACUCACACCAUGGAGGCCAUGAAGCUUGUAGAGUUUGAUCUUAAGCAAACGCUUACCAGGCUCAUGAAACAUCUUUUUGGAGAUGGUAAGUACUCAAACACAGGUUGA